AUGGGACGUUACAGCUAUAGCCAGCCCUCUCAAUCUGAGGACUUUGGAGGGGAUGGGGAGGACAGUGGGUACAGCGAAAUAGAAGCUCUGAUUCAAAUGGACCAGGCUGAGUUAAGCAACGUCAAUGGUGAGGAACUUUUCAGGUACAUGGAGGGUGAGGAGCAAGUGUACCCGCCGCAACCGGAGGUGGAGUUCGGAUUUCCUCAAAUAUGCUAUUGUGGUAGUCAACCGCAGAUCGCAACAUGUUACAGGAGAACCGAUCCAGGUAGAAGAUUCUACACAUGUCGUAAUAAGGAUGAUGGCGACUGCCAUGUGUGGAAGUGGUGGGAUGACGCUGUUAUGGAAGAGAUGAGAGCACUAGCUGGAGAAACACUUCAGUUAACUCAAAAGGUUGAUUCUCUUAACUUCUCGAGUGACCAUGAGACUGAGGAGAAGCUUCUUAGGAUAGAGAAAAUGGUGGAGGAGUUGGCGCAGAAAAAUUCAGGCAUUAGCUUUGAAACAUUUGUUGCGGUUAUGGUUAUUGUCUUUAUUUUCCUAGGUAUCGGGCUGUUGUUUAUCUGAAUGGGGAUGUUGUUCUGAAUGUGGAUGUUGUUUUAAUUAUGUGUAAUGGCUAACUCUCUGUAUUGUGUUUCUGUAAUGACCUUUAUGAUAGUGUUUAUGUUUUAAGUGUUUAUGUCUUAAUGUCUUUAAGUGGUUAUGUGUAGUGGUCGUGAUCGUCACAAGAUGUCAAAAUGAGUCACAAGAUGUACUAACAAACUCAAAAACUAUCACAAUAUGUCAAAAUGAGUCACAAUAUGUACUAACAAAAUCAAAAGUUCUCACAAGAUGUCAUAAAGAGUCACAAGAUUU